UUCCGAGUUAGCAGUGGAAAACCCAACGACCGUCUUAAAAUAAAUUAAUUAAUUUGGUAAUUAUCGUCUUUGCUUGUCUUGGACUUCAAACUGAUCGUGUUAUAAUUAAAGCUCUCGGGUGAAACAAUUUUUUCGAAGACAAAAACCAGAAACUAAUAAGCAGCCCUAGCGAUGGCGGAAGAAUCAUCAUCACCCUCUGUUCUUCUUCAGUUUGCUCCAUUCCAAAGUGCUGUUGAUGACGGGUUUUGGAGGAGAUUAUCUUCUCUAAAGCUUGAUACAUUAGGGAUCGAUCAAUCUCCGAUCCCAAUCACUGGUUUUUAUGCACCUUGUUCAAAUCCUCAAGUCUCAAAUUAUUUAACACUUCUUCCUGAAUCGUUGCCACCUGAAGCUGGCGAAGAAGCUUCAGUAAGAGGAACACUUAGUCUUGGUAAUAGAAACAGAUGUCCUGUGCCUGGAAUACUUUAUAACACCAAUACUCUUGAGAGCUACCGUGCCAUUGAUAAACGGAGCCUGUUGAAGGCGGAAGCAAAGAAGAUUUGGGAGGAAAUUAAUUCGGGGAAAGCUGAGGAGGAUAGUGCAGUACUUUCGAGAUUUCUUCUAAUCUCAUUUGCUGAUCUAAAAAAGUGGAGCUUUCAUUACUGGUUUGCUUUCCCUGCUUUGGUGCUUGAUCCUCCAGCUACUUUGGUCAAUUUGCAGCCAGCUACUCAGUGUUUCACUCUUGAAGAGGCAGAAUCCCUGUCAGCAGCUUGUAAUAAAUGGCGCAGCUCAAGUUUGACUGCAGCAGAUGUGCCAUUUUUCUUAGUCAGCAUCGCUUCAGAUUCAAAUGUUGCUAUCCGGCCUCUUAGAGACUGGGCAGUUUGCCAAGGUGAUGGUCAAAAGCUCCUAUUUGGUUUCUAUGAUCCAUGUAAUCUUCCGAACAACCCUGGUUGGCCUCUUCGCAACUUCCUUGCUCUAAUUUGUGCUAGAUGGAAUAUGGAGAAGGUUUGCUUUCUAUGCUACCGAGAGAAACAUGGAUUUGCAGAUCUUGGGUUGUCCCUUGUUGGUGAAGCCUUGAUUUCAGUUCCACAAGGUAGAGCGGCUGAAAUAGGGAAAGAUCCCCAAUAUGUGCCUAAUGCAGUGGGAUGGGAAUUAAACAUAGAAAAAAAAAUGGUAUCAAGGCGUAUUAGCCUUGCUCAAUCGAUGGAUCCAACUAGGUUAGCUAUAUCUGCAGCAGAUCUGAAUUUAAAACUCAUGAGAUGGCGUGCAUUGCCAUCCUUGAACCUCAACAGCUUGUCUACCAUCAAAUGUCUUCUUUUAGGAGCAGGGACGCUUGGGUGUCAGGUUGCACGCAUGCUUAUGGCUUGGGGUGUACGCAAAAUUACAUUGCUCGACAGUGGCCGAGUUGCAAUGUCCAAUCCGUUAAGGCAGUCUCUCUAUACCUUUGAUGAUUGUCUCAAUGGCGGGAAUAUGAAAUCAGUGGCGGCAGUUAAUAGUCUCAAGCGAAUAUUUCCAGCUGUGGAAGCUGAAGGCGUGGUAAUGGCCAUACCGAUGCCAGGUCAUCCUGUUCCACCCCAAGCUGAAAAUAGUGUUCUUGAAGAUUGCAGACGCCUUCAAGAUUUGAUUGCUUCUCAUGAUGUAGUUUUUUUGCUGACUGAUACGAGGGAAAGUCGAUGGCUUCCAACACUUCUAUGUGCCAAUUCUAAUAAGAUAGCUAUUACUGCAGCAUUAGGGUUUGACAGUUAUGUAGUGAUGCGUCAUGGAGCUGGUCCUUUAACUUGUUCCUCUGACGUGAAAAGUGAGGCAGAGGAUGCAUUGUCUUCUCAAAUCGGCAAUUUAUCCACGGCUCACGUAGAUGAAAGGCAGCGAUUGGGUUGUUACUUCUGCAAUGACGUUGUUGCUCCAAUUGAUUCAACUUCAAACCGCACUUUGGACCAGCAGUGCACUGUUACACGUCCAGGGCUUGCUCCCAUUGCCUCAGCAAUUGCUGUUGAAUUGUUGGUUGGAAUUUUGCAUCAUCCUGUUGGGAUACAUGCCCCUGGUGAGAAUGCUACCACCUGUAGUGCGACUGGUGAGCAACCUCUUGGUAUUUUACCACAUCAAAUUCGAGGUUCACUUUCUCAGUUCAAUCAGAUGACACUCAUAGGUCACUCAUCAAACAGUUGUACGGCCUGUUGCAGCAAUGUUGUAUCAGAGUACAGGAGAAGAGGCAUGGACUUUGUCCUCCAAGCAAUUAACCAUCCAACCUAUUUGGAGAACUUAACUGGCCUCACAGAGUUAAUGAAGUCGAUGAAUACAUUAGAUGUUGAUUGGGAUGAUGAGUCUGACGAGAAUGCUGACGAUAUGCUAUGAUCUGAUAAUGCCCACUGAUAAUAUACUUUCUUAUACCAGACGUUGUCCUGAAAUCAACUUUGGUAGCAACAAUUCAAAGGUUGAUUUCAUCUUAGAUAAAAAAACCUCAUUUUCAAAAUAGAAACCAUAAACUGACGGACGGAGUUGUUAUUCUGCACUGCAUGAUAUACUUGACCAUUUUACAGUUUCAAUGAUAAUUGAAUCCCUUUUAAGGUUGUCCGCUGCUGUUUCA